AUGGCGAAGGCUCUCUUCACCGCCCUCUUCCUGAGUGGCGGGCAUGCCGUACGCCCACUCCAGCCUUUCCUUCAGCUGACGACAGAGGUGGUGCCUCCCGAUGACACAGAGAUUGGCGAGGUUAAUGCAGUCGGUUGGGGAGCGUCAGCCAUCUACCCUCCCUGCGCGGGACUUCCACAAUCUGGCAGCCAUGUCCUUGAUGCGCUGCCCAACUUCAGCAGCAGCUGCAGCUGGCGUGGCGAAGGGUUGACGGCCACUCUGAAGAAGCCGCUGAUUUUCGAAGGCAGCUUGGUCCUCACGGGUGACAUACAAAUCCUGGGAGCACAGAAAUUGGAUGGCGCAUGCAUCACGGUUCUCGGGAACGUGUCGCUCAUUUCCACACAAGCUAGCUUCGUUGGCUGCUACAACCAGGUGGGAACCGGAGGAGGGAUCUUCGUCCAGGAGAACUUGAUCGCAAGCAACAGCGAUGUCAGGUUCGAGAACUGCACUGCGAAGACAGGGGGCGGCGGGUACGACAGCAAGAACACCCAAGUAUCUCGGAGCAGGCUUCUCUUUGAGAACUGCCACACUGAAUACGGAGAUGGCGGCGGGGCAUUCGUGAGGAAGCUCUUCAGUCUGGGUCCCAACAGCUCCGCCCAAUUUCGGAACUGCUGGACGCGUCGCUACGGCCAUGGUGGUGGCCUGCUCGCCGACGACUUCGUUCAAGAGCACAGCGAGGUUUUCUUCGACGACUGCAGGUCCAACUCGGGCGGCUGCGCAUAUGUGAACCACAACUUCAGCCUGGGGACCAACAGCUCCGCACACUUCCGGGGCUGCGCGGCGCAUCACGAAGGUGGUGGCCUGCAUGCCGAGCGCUUCACCCAGUCAAAGAGCGAAGUGCACUUUAAUUCGUGCUUCGCUACUCAUUAUGGUGGCUGUGCCCGCCUGCGGGAGUUCAAGCAGGGACCCAACAGCGCUGCAUCCUUCCGGAGCUGCGAGGUAGAAGUGCACCAUGGCGGUGGCCUCUUCGCUUCUGACUUUGCCCAAGAGCAGAGCACAGUACUCUUCGAGGAUUCUUGGGCUGGGGAGCACGGGGGCUGCAUGUACGCGGUGACCUUCAGCCAAGAAUCCAGCUCUGCAGACUUCCAAAACUGCACGUCGUAUAUCGAUGGUGGCGGCGCAAAGGUGGGCAGAUUGCACCAGCGGCCGAACAGCUUCUUGCGUUUCCAAAACUGCACAGCGAUGCGGGGAGGCGGCGCCCGGGUGGUUGAAGAUUUCCGCCAAGGUCCUUACAGCUCUGCGCACUUUGUCAACUGCACUGCGACAUCGACACAUACAGACGCAUAUCACGCAAAAUGGAUGAUGUACGGUGGAGGCGGCCUACUGGCCGACAACUUCACCCAAGAGGCGGAGAGUAAAGCCUUCUUCGAAACUUGCACGGCUGAAAUCGGCGGCGGCGCCAACGUGAGAGGCAGCUUCCGUCAAGGGUCAAGAAGCUCUGCGCAGUUCCGGGGCUGCGUGGCGAAACGAGGCGGAGGUGUGUAUGUGCCCGACUUCAUCCAAGAGGAGCACAGCAUCGUGCUCUUUGAGAAAUGUAAGGCCUCUUUCGAUGUUGGCGGUGGCGCAUGCGUGAGGAAGCAAUUCCACCAGGGGCCCAACAGCUCUGCGCAGUUUCGAAGCUGCGACGCUGCGCGACAGGGCGGCGCCCUCUGGUCGGAUACCUGGACCCAAGAGCCACGCAGCGCGGCGCUCUUCGAGAACUGUGCAGCUGUUGACGGCGGAGGUGGCGCGAGCAACUUCUUCCGGCAGGGGCGCGACAGCUCCGCAGAGUUCCAGAGCUGCACCGCCAAAAGAGGGGGCGGCCUGUUUGCCGUGAACUACAAGCAGGAAGCUGGGAGUUCGGCAGCCUUCCGGAACUGCACCGCAAGGUUCGGGGGUGGCCUUCGCGUUAUAUCGCUCGGCGGCAAUGGCUCUUUGCAGUUCAAGACAUGUCGCGCAGAAGCAGGCGGCGGCCUAGGCGUCCCGGAGAAUGGGAAGGUGCUCCACGGCGGCUCGCUGAGCUUCGAGGCCUGCAGUGCUGCAAGCACUGGUGGCGGGAUUUUUUCCAGUGCCGUUCAAGGACACUUUGUGAAACUGCGCUUCGAGCAGUGUGAUGCUCGCGUCGGUGCUGCAGCCUUCGCAGCAACUGCGGUCGACAAUGCAACAGUGCAUAUUCAGGAGCUUACUUUGGCGAAUGACGAGAAAAGCGAUGUGAAAGACUUCGCAGUUGCAGGCAGCUUGCAGCUCGGCAGUGUUCGCCUUCGCACGGAAUCGAAGUUCGGUAUUUCCGUCGUAGCGCAGGAUCUUCUGUUGGAAGACGUGAUGGACUGUACGGGCACCACCUCUUGUCUGUUUUCUGCGAACACCUCAGAAAGCCGCGGCUUCCGCUGCCCCUUGGGCACCGGAGUGGUGAACUUCUCGAAGUUGGAAGACUUUGGCUGCUUCGCAUGCAAGCCCGGGGACAUGCAGCUUUUCAAUGUGUCGAACAGGUCGUGUCACCGCUGCCCAGACGGUGGGCAGUGCUCAGCGAGCGAGCUCAAGAUGGAGCCGGGACUGAUGGUAGACAUGCGAAACGUGAGCCGCACCUUCCACUGUCCGAACGAGGCUGCCUGCGCAGGGGGCGAGUUUUCUCAUGGAGCAGUGAAGGUACCCAUGUGCGAAGACGGUUUUCAAGGCCAGGGCUGCGCCGACUGCAGCGAUGGCUACGCAAUGGCAGACAGCAGUGUGCUCGUCUGCAAAGCCUGCAGAACACGCCGUUCCGCCCAGGUGGUGCAAUGGAUUUUGUUCUUGUCACAGCGAACAUUCCUCUUCGCACUCGCGGCCACAAGCGCCAUCGGCGCCAAGACGGCUGGCGAUCUGAAGCACAGCAGCAUCUACCUAAAUCAGCUGAUGGCCUUUGCUACCAUCUCCAACACGAUCAUGGCAGCUGUGUUGCAGACCCAGACUGCGAAACACAUCAGAAGCGAAUCAGCAAGCUUCUUGUUCGAUGCCACUGACUUUGUGGCCCAGACAGCUUCCGCUGGACAAGGGUCCCUGCACAGCGUCUCUUCGCAGUGCCUCUUGUCCUACAUCGGCUUCGAGAAGACCGUAUGGGGUCCUCAUCUGCUGGACGUCGCUGUGGCCGCCCUUCUUGUCGCCACGCUGUCCUUGAUGAAGGAUUUUCGUGCUGCUCUGAUCGCAGGUCUGAAUUGCUUCUUGCCCACAAUGGCCGCCGACUUCGGCAAGUACCUGGUGUGCUACCGGCUGGAGCCCGAAGGCAUUUCUGGGCUGCAGGGCCUGCAGUGUCCCUACCUUCCGAGGGGUGCCGGGCUCGCCGGUGGGACGCAGGUGGUUGGCGGCCUCACUCUGUUCAUGACCGCAGCACUCUGGAGCCCCUGCCCAGCCACGUGGUCCUCCUGA